AACCCGGAGGUCCUCCCCGAAUCUAUACCCAAUAGCAAGUCUCUAGUGCCAUGCAACGUUGGCAACGGGAGUACGGCCAAGGCUUCAACCACUGCUGCUCAAGGAGCUUUCCGCUGUCCUCCCGGGUAUAUUUGCAAAGGCUACUGGGAAGGACCUAACUAUGGUAUUACUAGUUUUGACAACAUCGGUUAUGCGAUGCUGACAGUGUUCCAGUGCAUAACUAUGGAGGGCUGGACAGACAUAAUGUACACGACGGACGACGCUAUCGGCGAUCGCUUUAACGCACUCUACUUCGUUCCAUUAAUUGUCCUGGGAUCAUUUUUCAUGCUCAACCUGAUUCUUGGUGUCUUAAGCGGGAACAUGACCAGAGAAAUAAUUUUUGACGGUCUAGUUAUCGUACCUCCUAUGCUACAGCCGACUUCUUGUCGAGAGCAAGGCGUAUAUUUUGCAGCAAUUGCUGGCCGCGAUUCCUCAGAUAUACGAAACGUUUUAUAA